AUGAGGCCAAAUAACCUUGUUUUUGAAAGCAAGUACCUCCUUCCCGAAAGCAAGUACCUCCUUCCCGAAUACAAGUACCUUCUUCCCGGAUACAAGUACCUUCUUAAUGAAAUGGACGUAACGUACUUGCACGACUCUAUGUUAGACGUUACGGAGCACAUAGUUGAAUUAAGAGAAACGACCGUAAAAAUGGCCUGGAUCUACUAUUGUGGGAAACUGUUGACUUGCUUCCCAAUACCCAGUUUGUCCGAAGCCCGCGAAAUGGCUAAACAACACGGAUGGACGAAAAUUGUCGAUGACUUUACCUUUUUUAGAUGCAUCCUAGAUCUAUAUCUAGCUGGUGUGCAACGCAAGCACGUUGCAAAAAUAGCGUUGAACGUUUGGAUAAGAGCUUGUGACUCGGCUCGAGAAAGUUUCAAUAUUUCAUCAUAG